AUGAGUUAUUCACAAGAAGAUGCUCGUGAAGCUCGUCAACUUCUUCGUAACGAGCUUGAUGGGAAGAGAAGGAAUGAGACUGAGGAGGAAGAGCGAGGAGUGGAGUCUCCUUCUGACAGAGAAGAUCACCUAACUGGAGAAAGAGCCAGGAUACGAAGGAUAAGAGAACAAGAGGGACCUGCUGAGAGGGAACAGAGGUUUGCAGUUCAUAGAGUUUGGGCAUCAUUGAGGAGAGAAGAAGAGGACUCUGCUGAGAGAGAACAGCGAUUAGCAGGUGAUAGAGCUCAAGUUACAUUGAGGAGAGAACAAGAGGAUCCUGCUGAGAGAAAACAGCGAUUAGCAGGUGAUAGAGCUCGAGUUACAUUGAGGAGAGAAGAAAAGGAUUCUGCUGAGAGAGAACAGCGAUUAGCAGGUGAUAGAGCUCGAGUUACAUUGAGGAGAGAACAAGAGGACCCUGCUGAGAGAGAACAGUGA